CAUCAUCAUCAUCAUCAUGAUCAUCAUCAUGAUCAUCAUCAUCAUCAUCAAUGGGAGCCAGACUGGGCUGCAACCAUGAGGGGUCACUAGGAUAUGCAGCCAGGCUCAGAAGGGAAUGGAUAUUGGGCAUUGGCAUCAGAGGCAUCUAGGCCCAGAGGCCAGCAGAGUACAGCCAGUGAAGCCAAGCCAGCCUGUGAGGAGUCACGCAAAGCCCAGCAUGCCCAAGACCAUGCAGAGUAGCCUUCGAAAGUCUUUGUCUCAUUGCUCCCGUACCUCCAUAGCAGAGCUGACCUUCUCUGUGAGCAUGGUGGAGGACCAUUUUCAGGAAGGCAGCUAUGGCCAAGGACUGAGUGAAAUGGUGCCCAUCUUCCUGACCACCAUCCUGGAGUUCCUGGCCUGCAGGCUGCUGGAGCUGGCAAGCAGUGAGGUGCAAUGCCCAGGCACCCACAGGUUCAUCACCCUGGAGCUGCUGGUCGUGACAGUCCACGAUACACGACUUGCUGAACUGUUCCAGUUCACCACCAUCUCCCCAGCUCAUAGCAGUCUUUGUAGUCCUCAUCCUCACUAG